AUGAAGCAAAUUAGCCCGGUGAAGCGCAGGAUAGGCCGCACGAAGCCUGUGCCUCAAGUGGCUCCUUACGAGAAUGUAAACAUUACGCGCAGAGAGCGAUUGCUGAAGAACGCUCGAAACCAAGCCCAGACAAUUCCGACUCCUGAUAAGAUGCCGGCUGAUGGUCCGGAUUGGUAUCAGGAAUCGACAACUUUGGUGAAAUCGCCUGGUAGAAUGUUUUUGGACCCAGCGGACUUACAUUUGGACAUGGCUACUCCUCAAAAUUUGUCAUUUUCGGCGAAGCGGUUCUUUGAGGCAUUUUGCAGAGCGAUGAAAUCUCCACGCCAACAGCCUACUCACGGUCAAGUGGCAGCGAAUUUAUUCAGGGACAAAUCACAACAGCAUCGUCGUCCGCAAUCUCCAGGAGAAAGGAAGGAGAAAUGCCAGGAUAAAGCAAAUGUACCUAUCGAUACGCUUGCAUACCGUAAGCACUUUUCUGUUCACCACGAUCGCUAUCUAGAAGACCCGCAUUAUAUGAAACGGUGUAAGAUAUCGUCACCUACUGAGGCGUGCAUUACUGAAUCUACCGCGGCAGAGAUGAAAAGGCAGGUAUUCCUUCUCACCCAAAAUACGACGCAAGCAGAAGCUGAGGGCCGCACCGAGGACGCUCGUUCGUUGAAGGGCUUAAUUCGCACAACUAACGAGACACUGAAGACUUGCUCAAUAAUGAUAGAUAGACGGAUACCCAAGAAAAGGCCACCUAAACCACAGGGCAGCUAUUAUUUGGAAAAUUCGUAG